UGACAUCACAGUUGUAACAGACAGGAGCAGAAGGCUCUCCCGGAACUCUGCAGCCAGCGUCGGCUCUGAUUAUUUUCAACAUCGGGGGUUCGGUCCAACAUGGCGGCUUACGGAUGGAAAUACUGAUGACAGUCCGAAAGAUCGCCUCGAUUUGUACGAUGGGCGCCAAUGCCUCUGCCUUGGAAAAGGAGAUUGGACCGGAACAGUUUCCCGUUAAUGAGCACUACUUCGGACUGGUCAACUUUGGAAACACCUGCUACUGUAACUCGGUGCUGCAGGCUCUGUACUUCUGUCGACCGUUCAGGGAGAAGGUGUUGGCGUACAAGGUGCAGCCGCGUCGUAAGGAGUCCCUCCUCACCUGCCUGUCCGACCUCUUCAACAGCAUCGCCACGCAGAAGAAGAAAGUCGGCGUCAUCCCGCCCAAGAAGUUCAUCUCGCGACUGAGGAAAGAGAACGAACUGUUCGACAACUACAUGCAGCAGGACGCCCACGAGUUCCUCAACUACCUCCUCAACACCAUCGCCGACCUGCUGCAGGAGGAGAAGAGCCAGGAGAGGCAGCAGAAUGGGAAGCUGGUGCAGAACGGAGGAGGAGGUGGUGGAGGAGGGAGUACUGGAGGAGGAGGCAGUGGGAGCGAGGGAGGAGGAGAAGGAGACGGAGGAAAGGAGACGCAGCAGACGUGGGUCCACGAGAUCUUCCAGGGGACUCUGACCAACGAGACGCGCUGCCUCAACUGUGAAGCUGUGAGCAGUAAAGACGAGGACUUCCUGGACCUGUCGGUGGACGUGGAGCAGAACACCUCCAUCACACACUGUCUCAGGGGCUUCAGUAACACAGAGACGUUAUGCAGCGAAUACAAAUACUACUGUGAGCAGUGUCGCAGCAAACAGGAAGCCCAGAAGAGGAUGCGGGUAAAGAAGCUCCCGAUGAUCCUCGCCCUCCACCUGAAGCGCUUCAAGUACAUGGACCAGCUGCACCGCUACACCAAGCUGUCCUAUCGCGUCGUCUUCCCCCUGGAGCUCCGCCUUUUCAACACGUCCGGGGACGCCACCAACCCCGACCGCAUGUACGACCUGGUGGCCGUCGUCGUACACUGUGGCAGCGGUCCAAACCGUGGACACUACAUCACCAUCGUCAAGAGUCACGGCUUCUGGCUGCUGUUUGACGACGACAUCGUAGAGAAAAUUGACGCCCAGGCGAUCGAGGAGUUCUACGGUCUGACGUCAGACAUUUCCAAGAACUCUGAGUCAGGUUACAUCCUGUUCUACCAGUCCAGAGACUGAACCAGCCUAUGGUGAAUCCCCAACAGACUGUCACUCAACAGAGGGGGAGGAGCUUAUGGCUGCCACCGGCUCCGCCCAGUACGCUCACAUAAGUAUCCAGGCUUUAUUCCUUGUAGGCGGAGCUUUGCACUGGAGCGCCACUCGGAUCUUGAGACGUGUGCAGGUUGCAUGCCAGCCUCCUGGAUUACGACUGAUGAACUCCUCUGAGCCCCCACUGCAAAAAAAAAAAAAAAAAGCACCUUAACAAAAACAAGAUGGCUGAUUCUGUAACACUCGCUUUGCGCUGGGGCAUCAGCUGGGAGUAACGCCAAUCCAUGAGGCUGACAUCGCUGUACACACAGUGCUCCGUUCAGGAGGUCAAAGCGGUUUGGGAUUGUUGAGAUGAUGCAGACUAACCAAUCAACUGUUUCUGAAGAGACACUCGCUUCUGAUUGUAACCCUUCUCUUCAAGGUAACCAGCUGCGUCACAAGUCUUCUUUAGCAUUUAUUUUUGUGUGUGUGCACAUUUCACCAUGCUACAUUAGCUUCUAAGCCACUGGUACCAUUCGUUUACUCCAGACACUCAUUCCAGAGACAAAGAAGAAGAAAAAAAAAGUACCUCACAGCCUCGUUAGACGUCCAACCGGCCACAACGAAACACUGACAGAACAUCUAAAGAUGGAGGAGCUAGAACGUAAGCUAGGAGCGCAGUGCAGUGAUGUUAGUUUGCAGUGUUUUUAUCAUGAAGUCCGUGGUGCUAAUAACAAAAAGUGUUAAAAGGCAGAGCGUGAAAUGGGAAACCAGCCACUAGAGAUUUGGAAGAACGGCUCGUUAUUUGGGAUUUUUUUUUACUAAUGAAAGCUCUAAGAAGUCAUGGCCCCGAUUAUAUUAGACCAAAAGAAAUAUUGGGGGAAAUUAUUAAGUUUGUUUCUUCCAAAAACACAAUUUUAAGAUUCUCCAUUAAAGCAUGCACUGUUGUAUAAGAUGCAUAUACCCUCUAAAUGUUGGUGAUCAAUGUGUUAAAGCAGAACAUGGUAACUGGAAAAUAAUACGGAAUGUAAUUUGGGUUUUUUGAAGAAACAAAAUGGUAAAAACCAAAUGAUUAGUUACAAAGACUUCGCAAAUUACACAUGAAAAAACAAAAAAAAUUGCUUUAAAUUUGGGCCGUAGACAGCUUUACAGAACACCAAUAAUCCAGAUUCUCAAUUUCACAUCUAUCUCGCGAUAUCGUGUGAAAGCAGCUGGUUUUAUUUUUGCCCCGGCGGGAAAAUCAAAAAAAACCGAGGGAACACGUUCAAACAAAAGAGCGGCCAGGUGUUUCAACAUCAAACAAAGUAAGCUAACUCUUCUUUUUUUAAAACAGCUAUCUCGUGGGUUCUUUUGUAGUUUGCUUUCAAAGGGUGGUGGUGUUUAAACAUUUGUGACUUCUUUCUUUUUAAGUACCAGAAUAUUCACCAUUUUGAAAAGGGACACAUGAAGAAGUUCUGACAUCCAAAACUGUCACACUACAUUCAUGUUGAAUGUCUGCUUUAUUUUCUGGACACACACACACACACACACAUACACACUCUUUUGCUGCAGCUGGUUCCCCACCAAACACCAAUCACACGCUGGCAAAUUUUGACUCGAGAGGCUCAAGUGUUUGUUUUUUUCCCCCGUGCAGCUGCAGCUCUGGCAGGCACGCCGACCUUUUACAUAACACGUUUUUCACUCCAGACUCUUCAAAUCGCAGCUCUCAAUAAUACUGAAGGAUGCUAACGCUGUGUUGAUGUGGAGCUUACGGUUGAGAUGCGGUUCAUUUAAUGCAGUAAGAUAACUCCCAUUGAAAUGUUCUUCCAUUGGUGUUACAUUUUAACACUCCUGAGUUCAAACAAAAUCCGAAAGAAUUGCUUUCAAAGCCAUUUUUUUUAAAAAGCCUGUACUCGUUCUUGGAAACUUUCGCCUGCUGACCGGCACUGACUUCCUGUUCUCACCUCCAUUGUUUUCUUUUAAACGCACAAACAAACCAAAUGUAGGAGUGUUUUUUUCUUUUUUGUGUUAAAUCUUGUUUUUUUGAAGAAUGUUUUACACUGCCAAGUUUUUACCACAGGUUAGCAAUCAAGCUAGCGUGUGACUCUUAGCUGCAGCAGAUAGAAAGUGAACGGAAACUUUCUUUCUGUUUGUUAAAGUGUUGUUUGUAUUUCUCGGUAAUUGAGCGUCCCAGGCAGAGGGUCGGGUAUUAUCUGAAUGUUUAAGUGUACAGUUGAAUUACGAUAGGGCUGCUUGACCUGUAAAACAACAUCUGGAGGCCGACACGUCUUGAUAAUCUGAAGUUUCUCUCUCUCUGCUGAGACAAAAGAAGUACUUUGAACAACAGAAAACAGGUCUUGUCUUUUGAUUCCCAGAAGCUCAGCUAAUGAAGGCGACACCUUUGUGCCUUGAAUGGCUCGUUUCACUUUUAAAAAGAACUCCUUGACAGCUCAGUUAAAAAAAUCUGAUUUAAUAUCUACAUCGUGUCAUCAAACAUUUCAAUGUUACUGUUUUUUUUAAAGCUAUUUUCAUUUACUUUUCCAUCUUUAACAAGUUAAUUUUUUCCGCGGUUAAGUUAAAGUCUUAACUGUUCCUUAUUUUUCCAUCAAAAUAAAAGCAGGAAGUAAAACACCCUUAGCUUAAGAUAGUAAAAAUCUUCAAAAUGAAAGCAUAACAAAAUCAGUUUUGGAAUGCAAAAUAAUGGAAUUUCAAACGUGAUGGAAAAUGUGAUUAAUCGCGACUAAAAUAAAUAGGUUGACAGCCCUAGCAAACAGACUUAUCCAAACUCUGAGUAUUUCAGCUUCUUUAUUUAGCAGUUAACACGUUUUCAGUAAGUGUCUUAGCUUAAGCUUUUAAAAUGGCGUGAAUGACGGCAGGAGAGGGAGCAACUUCAGACGACGCGUCUCAAACACUUCCCUACAUUCACCCGGUCGAGGCUUCAAUGUCAACACUAUUUCCAUUUUUUGUCUGUGCUGCUCGUAAAACUGAAUUAAUCGAGAUGAAAGGAAGGUUUUAUUUGUGUGUUGGAAUAUUAUUUGGGUAAAUCAAGUUCAUUGCCAUUUGUUCUAUCAUCUCUGAUGGUGAGAUUUGUAGUUUUUUUGAUUUUGAAUGAGUUGAAAUUUAAAGAAAUGUUCCAUUUGCUGAUAGUUUAAGUGAACAAAAACAAGCACAAAAGCACAUACGUUGGACGAUAAAGGAUGCAGACCCAGCCUGAAGUUGGGUAUCAGUCUUCUUUUUUUUUCUGAUUCAGUUUCAUGAAAAUUCAGUUUUGAAAAACUGAAAAAAAAAAUGAUUAGUCAUCAACUAAACUGCCUAUAACCUCUGGAUGGACAAAGUGUUGGAAGACUAUGUUUAAAGGCUCUUUUUAUUUAAAUAUAAUUAAUAUUAUAAUAAAUGUUUUAUGUUAUCUUUUUCUUAUAUGUUCCACUUGUUUUUGAUAUGUCACUAAUUUUACUAGUCUACCAUUGUCGUGUAGGCAGCUUUGAAGAGUAUGUCCUUAAAAUUUGGGAGUAUUUGACGAGCGAUGUGGAGGUGUACAUAAAUACAGAUGUUAUUAUUGGAAAAUAAAUAUUUGCUUGCUUGAAAUAAUCAGACAUAGAUCAAAAAUGUUAGUGGAUGUUAUAUCUAAGAAGUAUUCCUGUUGUAAAUCAAUUCGACUGGGGCUUUAAAAGUAAAAAGCCCCACCCAUCUGGUAUCCCAACCAACAGUUUGAAAUAAAUUAGCUCACCUGUAAUCUCACAGCUAAACCCAUAAUACCCUCAAAAACCAUCAGAUUGAAAAUGUAUUCAAUUCAAAUAAAACUAAAAGUUUAAAGAAACUGCUGUGCAGAAAAGUAACUGACCCAAAAACUGACUUGUACAUCACUGUGUUAAAAGGAAAAAUCCACCCAUAAGUUCACAAACAUGUAAGAAACAACGACUUCAAUAAGAUACAAUAUGGUGUCAUCUGCGUAGAGUGAGUGCUUUUUUCCCGAAGCUAAGGAUUUAGUAACAUUUACCAACUGUAAAGCACAGAAGAAAUGCUCAAUGGAUCUUUCUUUAAUGAAAUAUUUUUUUCAGUUUACAUUUUUACAGUUACCAAUAAAAUAAUUAUCUAUGAAGACUUUUUUAAAGCAUACUACUGUGAAUCCUUUGUUGCUCAAAAGCAGCACAUUUCAGCAUUUCUGAAGGUUUUUUCGAUCGGUAUUACGGCAAAGUAGAGGAAGCGAAAUCCGAUAAAAUAACUUAUAGAAAACAAAAAACUGACAUCUGUGGGUGGAUUUUUCCUUUUUUUUCCCAAACAGUUAUAAGUUAUAUCGUCUGUCCUCUCAAAUGUCCCUUAAGGGCCUCCAUAGUCCACAUCACUCUGCGAUUUUCAAGGUCACAAAGAAUGUAAUUGUUUGAAGGGUGAAAAGUGACUGAAUGUGUCAGAAACACUCCGAUAUGUUGCAACUGGUGUACGGAGUGGCAGCAGCCUCACAAACGCAAACGGCAAAACAGAAUGUGUGACAUUUAAUUGAACCUUUCAGAAAGUACACGAUAUUAAGGUCGCUAAUUCUUUUCUGCAAGUUCAACUCUUGUUUUAUUAGUCUACACACUCCGAGGCUUCUCAGUUCUUGCUACUAAAUAUCUCGAGGGUUACGAGUUGAAUCUUGUCCUCUGAGUUGUUGUCUGGAUGUUUGUCGAGGCUGCUGCCGCUGCACACUGUGGUCUGAAGUUCAUUCUGAAUACAUGUAGAUGCAGUGAAGUUUGGGAAUGAAGGCUGGUGUUCCAAACUGUUUGAAAUAAAACACAAACUGGUUUUGAAGAUGAUAAAAUCUA